AUGGGGCCGAGUCCGGAGGGGGUGCAGACGAACAGUCGGCCCGGCCCACCGGCCUCAAACAGCCGCUGCGUGGACGUCAAGCUGCUGGUGUCGUCGCGCGGACUGGAAGACCCCGGCGGUGUGCUCUGCCGGUUCGCGGCGCAGGCGGCGGACGCGCCGCGGGAGGGCGACGACAAGGGGCAGGCGGGCGGGGCGGGGGAUGCGGCGCUGCGCGGCCUGCUUGCCCACCCUCUACCUGAUGACACCCUCAGCGACCUGGCCAGCGACAUCGGGAGCACGGAUUCCCUGGCGCCCGAGGAGGCGGUGGCCAAAUUGCAGGUCCAGAAUCAAGCCCUGUGGAACAAAUUGCGCAGCCUCAGGAACGUCCAGGAUGAGAAUUCAGACUUGAAGGCGCGGUUGGCCGACUUGAGAGGCCAGCUGGUGGCUGCCCGCAAAGGCAAAGAUGGAGAGCUGCAUUCUGCUGCGCAGGAGAACAAAGCGCUCAAAGAGAAAAUCCGGAGGUUGAGCAGUGUGUGUGAGGAUAAUGUUGGGGCUGUUAAAGAGAACUCGGAGCUGAGGGCCCAGCUUGAAGAAAUGAAGUUCCAGGUCAUGAUGGCGAAGAGUGAAUCAGCAACCAGGUCUGAUGGGAAAACUGACGAACGCUCUUCCACAAUGGAAGGCUUGAAGACUACCAAUCGCGAGCUCACAGCCCGUUUGCAGAUAUCAAGAGAUAAUGAGCAAAAAGUUCUGAAGCAGCUGGACGAUCUGCGGUCAGCUUUGGAUAAGUGUAAAUCUGAACUCCAAGAAACGCAGUGGCAGCUCCAGGAACAGGAAGAGCAGGCCGCACAGUGUGAGACUCUUGAGGCUGAGAACUCCCGUCUCAAAGCUGAGCUGGAGCAGCUGCCAACAAGACACAUCCGCAGGUCGUCACUCAGCAGGCUCAGCCUGGACGGCAGCAGGUCAACUACCAUGGACACUGUCUUGUCCAACCUCCGUCAGCAAAACUCCGACAUGCAACAGAAGAACAAGCAGCUGACCGAGGAGCUGGAUCAACUCAAGCUGCAAUUGUCCCAAGUUGAAUCCCAGAAGGCCAAGUGUCAGCAAGCCCUGAGCGACCUGAAGGCCGAGCUGCAGAGUUGCCAGCAAGACCUGCAGGGUGCAGAGGAAGAGCGCGACAGCCUGGGUGCCAUGGUGAAUGAGCUGCAACAGCACCUGGAUGAGUCAUCUGGUCCAGAGACGGUCCGGCUGAAGAUGACUGUGUCCACACUGGAGUCGGAUGUCUCCCGACUUGCAGCUGACAACGAGGUGCUGACCACCCGGCUGAGGGCAUUAAGUGCAAGUGUGGAUGAGGAUCUGGCAGGUGUGCCCUUGCGCAGUGGUGACGAUGAAGACUCUGUCUUGGAGUACAGUUCCUCAGAGGAGGAAUGCAAGAGUUCAGUGGAGAAAGGGGUCUCCCAGGGGACAGAAGAGAAGCUUGUUGACUUGUCGGAGACAAUGAUUGCAGAGAUGGCAGAGAUUGCCUGCAGUGGACAGUCUGACAAGCUGGGCCUGUCGCUGUCUCAUGCCCAGUAUGCUGGGUUGCUUGCUGCUGUCCAGAAGGCUUUUGAGGAGGUGGAGGCAGCCAAGCAGAGCUCCAUUUUGGGCGGGGCUGACAAGUUUACAAUGUUGGACCGAUCGCUGAGCAAGUCUCUCUCAAUGUCAUCAG